AUGGCUGCUCAAGGCCUGGAUCAGACGAUCCUGCGGGAUCCAGCUCUCUUCUCGCCCAAACCAGCUGCCAGCCUGGCUGAAUUUAGGGAACGGCUUGCUCUCUUCCGUGGUGUUAACCUACGCACCAACGCAUCUGCCGUUCUUACUCCCUCGAGCUUAGCAUCCCGAAAGGCAUAUCUAAUCAACGCUUAUAAGACUGGCGCCUUCUUGAAAGACCCCGAGAACCGCGGCGCUGGUGCACCAAACCCAAUGACGGACCCCGCUGGAAUGGACGCAAUGAUGGGGAUGAUGAAAGGGAAUAUGGCUAUGAUGAUCCCACAGACUCUUAUUAUGUCAUGGAUCAAUGCCUUCUUCUCUGGAUUCGUUAUAUUGAAACUCCCAUUCCCCUUGACCAUCCGAUUCAAAUCCAUGCUUCAGUCCGGUGUCAUGACUCGUGAUCUUGAUGUCAGAUGGGUCUCCAGUUUGUCUUGGUACUUCUUGAACCUGUUCGGCCUCCAGUCCGUUUUUGGGUUUAUCCUGGGUAGUGACAAUUCCGCCGGUCAAGUGAUGCAGCAGGUAGGCGUGACGAACCCUGCUGUGAAUCCGUUCCAACCUGGUCAGGAUCCGGAGAAAAUCUUCCAGGGAGAGGCUGAGAACAUCGAGGUGAUGGAACACUAUUGCAUCCUGGAUGGAAUUGAAGAGCGGAUAUUACAGAAGGCAUCGUAA